UUCCUAGCACUGUCAGUCUGCCGACAGAAAAAACUCUCUACUACUAGCUCUUUUCUUUUUUCUGUUUUUCGAAUCCCGUCCGAGAGUGCAGCAAAAAUUCAAAAAGAAAAAGUCUCUUCUCUCACUCUUCCUUCUCUUCUUCUUCUUCUACUUUAUCCGCUACUCGGCUGACGCAUUUUUGUUAUUUUAUGUAUUUCUGUUUGUGUUCACCUUUUCUUUUUCUUUUUUUUUCUCUACCCACACACUCUCUCACUUCUUCUUUUUUCUCUUAUUUUCACUCCCGGCACUUUUCCGUAUUUUUGUUUUUGUCACAAAUAUAUUUUUCUACUUCUUCAGCUUUUUGCGUUGACUGA